CGUCUCCGAAGCCCGUCCGACGCGGCCGACGCCUGCGUUCCGGAGAGACGCGCCGGGACGCGGCUGUCAGCGGAGGGCGACCCGAUGCGGCCCGAGGGCGCGGCCGUGGAGCUCGGCGGCCGGGGGAGCCCGCCCGAGGAGAGCAGGAGGGAGCACUGGCAGUUGCUCGGUAAUUUGAAGACGACCGUGGAGGGUUUGGUGUCAGCCAACAGCCCCAAUGUCUGGUCCAAGUAUGGCGGCCUGGAGCGACUUUGCAGGGACAUGCAGAGCAUCCUCUAUCAUGGGCUCAUCCGCGACCAGCAGGUGUGCUGCCGUCAGGCUGAUUACUGGCAGUUCGUGAAGGACAUACGCUGGCUCAGUCCCCACUCAGCCCUUCAUGUGGAGAAGUUCAUUGACCUGCACGAGAAUGAGCAGAGCAGCACCAACGGGGAGGAUGAGCGUGCCGUGGCUGAGCUGUGGCUGCAGCACAGCCUGCAGAGCCACUGUCUCUCGGCCCAGCUCCGGCCCCUGCUCGGGGAUAGGCAGUACAUCAGGAAAUUCUACACAGAGACUGCUUUUCUGCUAAGCGACGCACACGUCACAGCCAUGCUUCAGUGCUUAGAAGCCGUGGAACAGAACAACCCCCGUCUCCUCGCUCAGAUUGAUGCUUCCAUGUUUGCCGGGAAGCAGGAGAGCCCGCUGCUCACCACGAAGAGCCAGAGCCUCACGGCCCUGCCUGUCUCCACACGUAUGCCCCUGCCCGGCGGCACCCAGCCUUCCUACUUUGGGUCCUUCUCUGGCCUCCAGCCGGUCUCCAACAACAACUCAGAAAGAAGAUCUACUUCCUUUUCACUUUCCAGUCCUCCCCAGGAGCCCCAGGAGACCAGAGGACACAGCUCACCCACAGAGGACCAGACCCCCCAGGCCCCGCUGCUCCCGGUCUCUCCUGCAGCCAGGGAGUCCCUCUCCACCCCACAGGAGAUGAGCUCCAGCACCCUGACCAGCCCCACUGAGGCAUCCUGGGUCAGCAGCCAGGACGAGUCUCCGAGUGAAGCCAGUGAGGGGCCUGAGUACUUGGCCAUUGGGAACCUGGACCCCCGAGGCUGGACCGCCCGCUGUCAGAGUCUCGGUGGCAGUGAGGAGAGCAGUAGCUCCCAGAAGCUGGAGUCGGCGGCUGCUUCCCCCGGGGACCAGGAGGGAGGCGGGCAGAGCCAGCUGCCCAGCGUCCUGCGCAGGUCCAGCUUCUCAGAGGGACAGAUUCUCACCGUUCCCAGUGGAACAAAGAAGAGCCACACUCGCUCCCAUUCAGACACCAACAUUGCCUCCAAGGGAGCCCCAGAGAGUGGCCAGCACCUGUGCUCGGGGGAAGGCAUGUUCCGGAGACCCUCGGAGGGCCAGUCUCUCAUCAGCUACCUGUCUGAGCAAGACUUCGGCAGCUGCGCUGACCUAGAGAAGGAGAAUGCCCACUUCAGCAUCUCAGAGUCCCUGAUUGCUGCCAUUGAGCUGAUGAAGUGCAACAUGAUGAGUCAGUGCCUGGAAGAGGAAGAGGAUGGGGAGGAGGACAGUGAUCGGGAGAUCCAGGAGCUGAAGCAGAAGAUACGCCUUCGCCGCCAGCAGAUCCGCACCAAGAACCUGCUCCCUGUGUACCAGGAGGCCGAGCAUGGCAGCUUUCGAGUCACUUCCAGCAGCUCCCAGUUUAGUUCACGGGACUCGACCCAAUUCUCUGACUCUGGCUCUGCUGAUGAGGUUGAUGAGUUCGAAAUUCAAGAUGGUAGUGAAGGAUCUAACCUGACUCCUGUGUCAGAGACCGGCCUCUCAGUGUCCAUGGCCUCCAUGUUUUCAGAUGCUGACAUCAGAAGGAACACAGCCCCAAGCAGCAAAUCCUUCAUUUCUUCCCAGUCCUUCUCACACUGCUUCCUACACUCCACCUCUGCGGAGGCAGUGGCCAUGGGGCUUCUGAAGCAGUUUGAGGGCAUGCAGCUGCCGGCAGCCUCCGAGCUCGAGUGGUUAGUUGCAGAGCACGAAGCCCCUCAGAAGCUCCUGCCCAUCCCUGACUCACUGCCCAUCUCACCGGAUGAUGGGCAACACGCAGACAUCUACAAGCUACGUAUUCGUGUCCGUGGGAACCUGGAGUGGGCGCCACCACGGCCUCAGAUCAUUUUUAAUGUCCAUCCGGCCCCCACGAGGAAGAUCGCUGUGGCCAAGCAGAAUUACCGCUGUGCGGGCUGUGGCAUCCGCACCGACCCUGAUUAUAUCAAGCGGCUGCGGUACUGUGAGUACUUGGGCAAGUACUUCUGUCAGUGCUGUCACGAGAACGCCCAGGUGGUCAUCCCCAGCCGGAUCCUGCGCAAGUGGGACUUCAGCAAGUACUAUGUUAGCAACUUCUCCAAGGACCUGCUCCUCAAGAUCUGGAACGACCCUCUCUUCAAUGUGCAAGACAUCAACAGCGCACUCUACCGGAAGGUCAAGCUGCUCAGUCAAGUCCGGCUGCUGCGAAUCCAGCUGUAUCACAUGAAGAACAUGUUCAAGACGUGCCGCCUGGCCAAAGAGCUUCUGGAUUCCUUUGACGUAGUUCCAGGCCACCUCACUGAGGAUCUGCACCUGUACUCGCUGAAUGAUCUCACUGCAACCAAGAAGGGGGAGCUGGGGCCCCGGCUUGCCGAGCUCGCCAGGGCAGGGGCGGCCCACGUCGAGCGGUGCAUGCUUUGCCAAGCAAAGGGCUUCAUCUGCGAGUUCUGUCAGAAUGAGGAUGACAUCAUCUUUCCUUUUGAACUCCACAAAUGUCGGACCUGUGAAGAGUGUAAGGCAUGCUAUCAUAAGGUCUGUUUCAAGUCCGGAAGCUGUCCACGCUGCGAGCGGCUGCAGGCGCGGCGGGAGCUGAUGGCAAGGCAGAGCCUGGAGUCCUACAUGUCGGACUACGAAGAGCCCACGGAAGCCUUGGAGCUGGAGGCCUCCGUGCUGGAGACCACCUGAGGGGCUCGGGCGCCUCUCUCA